AUGUCGCAGACUAUGCCACCAGAAAACCUAAGCACCCGCCUGUUGACGGUGCUCAACCUACCGCUGUUUGAUCGCGUGCACGAGCUGAGCAUCCUGUUCGACCGCUGCUCCCUGCGCCAAAUCCAGGAGAUAUUCCCCCACGUAGUGCACUCCAUAUUCGGGAUCAAUGGCAAUCCGCUGGGCUGGGGCCUGCGGACGACGACGCUGGAGAACAACCCGCUGCACUUCCAGACGCUGCACCACUUCUUCGGCGUUUGCGGUCCCUGGAUGCACCUUUGCCACCGCCUGCUCCUGGAUCAGUACAAAUUCGAUCUGGACAUCAAUCUGCUGCCGGCCAAGUUCGUUAGCAUGCUGCAGUCUGGUCAGAAUCCCCAGUUCUAUGCGGAACUCAUCAACAUUGACGCUAUGAUGCACCAAGUGGCCACUCUCUCGCUAAACGCCUUCGACUUCUACGUGAUCCACUUCGUUCUGUACGCCCUGCAGCCGCUGCACUCCAUCAAUCCCAUCGCCAUGCAGAUCCACAACGUGCGCAGCAAGACAGUCUAUCUGAAGCUGGUGUCCGAGUAUCUCAACAACUUCCUGCCCCUUGUUCCAGAUGCCCGCAUAGAGCCAUUGCACUUUAGUGGCGGCGUUAAGGCUCCACAGCCACUGCCCGCCCAGGCAUUGCAGCCGCAGAGGCAACCGCGCUACCUCAGGAUCCCCAGCUCCUAUCGCAAUGGCGGUAACGUGUCGGGAGGCGGAGGCAGUCCGAAUACAAGCGGUGGCAGCGGGAACACCUCACCGCAGUCGAACAGCCCAAAUGCCAGUGCAAACAGGGCAUACGCCUGGCGUUCCGAGAGUGUACUCCACUUUUUCGUGGACAUCUGGCUGCGGUAUGACAUCGAGUCGGAGCACCACCUGCCCAGCAGCGAUUUUGUGCGCGGCGUGCGUACCCUGGUUAAGCAGGUGCACUUCUUCGCCAAUGGGGCUCAGCUGGAUCACAGUUCGCUGUGCGCCCUGCGUAAGGUGUCCCUAAGCAUGGUUAAGGCCAGGAUAUAUGCAUUUCUGUGCGGCUUGAUCGAUCGCUGGCCUCUGGACAGUUCGCUGAUGGUGGUGUUGGAGCUCUGGCUCAGUUACAUCCAGCCCUGGAGGUAUACAAUGGCGGCGCUGAACAACAAGACUCCUAGUCUUGCCUACAAGCCGCCUAUUUUGUCCUGCUUCGAUGGCUUUAUCAUGGACAAUCUGAUUAUGUAUACUCACAUAUUUAUGCAAAUGCUGCCGCACUUUGGGCGCUUGGACUAUACCGUCUAUCGAAACGCCUUUAUGCUGUACCGCCUGGCUACAAUGUUCGCCCAACAUGACUUGGUAGAGCGAUUACAGCGCUUUGAGCGUCUACAUGCAGGCAACGCUUAUGGCUUUGAUUCGCCCCAGCGACAAGUCAACAUGAUGAGCAAAUCCUUUUCACCUGGCUCGCAGUGGAACAAUGUGGUUAACACAAACUCAACCAAGCUGUUUAGUCAUUCCAUGCAGAAGCAGAUGGAGAGCUUUCUGUUCCUGAUCAGCAUGGCACGCAACUCGGUUCUGAGGGACAUUGCUUCGUUGCGCAACGACAUUGCUGAGAGGCAGCGGUCUCAGGGAUUCCUCAAGAACUUCUUUAACAAGCUCUUCGGCGAGUGCACCCAGGAUGAAUUAACCCUGCGCGAGUUCAGUCGCAUUCCGGAGGUUUUACGCCAAUGCAUCGAUGCCUUCUGCCGAACGUUUAAUGUGGACCAAGCCAACCUGUCAAUGCAUGAAAACCUGCCAGAGGAACCUUGUCCGCCUGCCUCUACCACGGUGCAGAAUUUCAGUUUCUUCGACACUAGCGACUCCUUGGACACCUCAAAGUUGAAUCCUCACCAAAUGUCGCUCAAUGCGUCUAAUAUGCAUGCCACCGUUGAUCCCGCAACGCUGCCCAUCCAGUCCAACGAAGUCAGAUCGUUGGUGAGAUUGCUGCACUUCAUCUCUGACAACAUUAACAAGAGGUAUGGCAGUCAAAUACAAGCUUUUUAUGUCCGUGACGAUUACUGUGGAAAGGUUGCGCGGCAACUGCUGUAUGCUCCAAUGACAGAGCAGUGGUUUGACAAAAGCUCCGGUCAAGCAGACAUAUGCGAAAACUUGGUCCCUCCGCGAGUUUGCCUAAGGACUUUGGGUUCUUUUCCCGCUCUUAUCACCAUCGGCAGUGCCCUAAUUUUUGGGCAACUGUUAUGGGGCGCCCCAAUCGUGGGUCUAAUUCUUCUAGGCUCUGUGCUGCUAGUCUACACCUUGCUGCAGGCAUUGUUUUCCUAGUUUAAAAGUUCCAAGUAGAUAGAUACAUAUUGUGACAUUUAUAUAUUUGUAUAAAACUAAAGAAACUACCAUUACAA